UCUUUUCUUUAUCCUUCUUCCCCUGCCCCGUCCCCCCCUCUGCUCCUUCUCCGGAGGACGUUAGGUCCUCAGGUCCCUGAACGGUGGCAGCGACGACCGCGGGUGCAUCCAGUUUCUGCGCCCAGGUUCUUCAGCUUGUUGUCUCUAACCGAGGAAACAUUGAUUGGAAACUACUCAUUCAGAAAAGUAAAAGAAAGAAACCAGAACAUAUUAUCAACCCUUUGAGAACACAAUAUAACAAACUUUACCAUUUUACUACUUCUUUGAAUAGGAGAAGUCACAGGACGUUGAAGAAUGGCAGAUGAUCGGAAAGAUGAAGCAAAGGCGCCUCACUGGACCUCAGCUCAACUAACAGAGGCAUCCGCCCACCCACAUCCACCUGAGAUCAAGGAUCAAGGUGGGGCAGGGGAAGGACUUGUCAGAAGCGCCAAUGGAUUCCCAUACAGGGAGGAUGAAGAGGGCGCCUUUGGAGAACAUGGGUCACAGGACACCUACUCAAAUACCAAAGAGAAUGGGAUCAAUGGAGAACUGACCUCAGCUGACAGAGAAACAGCAGAGGAGGUGUCUGCAAGGAUAGUUCAAGUAGUCACGGCGGAAGCUGUAGCAGUUCUGAAAGGUGAACAAGAGAAAGAAGCUCAGCAUAAAGAUCAGCCUGCAGCUCUGCCUUUAGCAGCUGAAGAGACAGCUAAUCUGCCUCCUUCUCCACCCCCAUCACCAGCCUCAGAACAGACUGUCACAGUGGAGGAAGAAGAAGAAAUGCUAGCGAGUCCAAUGGCCGAGGAAGAGAAACCUGCCACUCUUCCUGGGAAAGAGUAUGAGGCUGCCAAGGCCUCAGACCAGCCCAAGGGCCUCAGUGAGGGCCAAGUGGAGUCUAGUGCGGAGGCCCAAAUAGCUCCUGAAGAGAGCGCCCCAGCAGGGACCCCACAGGAGAAAAGUAUAAAAGAGGUCGCGGAGGUGUCUCCAGAAGUAAAAACCCCUUCCUCUGCCGGGGAAGGUUUGCUUACAGCCUCGAAGAUGGAGUUUCAUGAUCAACAGGAAUUGACUCCCUCUCCAGCCGAGCCAUUAGAAAAGGAGGAAAAGGAGUCAGAGGAAGAAAGUAAGCCUGGUGAAGACCUUAAACAUGCUGCCUUAGUUUCUCAGCCUGAGACAACUAAAACUUCCCCUGAUAAAAAGGACAUGCAAGACACAGAAGAAGAAAAAGUACCUCCCACUCUGUUUGGGCAUACUCUGGGUGCCAGCCUAGAAGACACAAAACAGAAGACAGAACCGAGCCUAGUGGUACCUGGUAUUGGCCUUCCCGCAGAGCCCUCAGCUGCAAAAGAGCAAAAGGACUGGUUCAUCCAAAUGCCAAUGGAAGCAAAAAAGGACGAGUGGGGUUUAGUUGCUCCAGUAUCUCCUGGCCCCCUAACACCCAUGAAGGAAAAAGACGUACUUGAGGACAUCCCCAAAUGGGAAGGGAAACAAUUUGAUUCUCCCAUGCCAAGUCCCUUUCAGGGUGGAAGCUUCACUCUUCCUUUUGAUGUCACAAAGAAUGACAUUGUUGCAGCAGCAUCACCCUUUGCCCCCGCCCUAUUACAGCCAGAUGACAAAAAAUCUUUGGAAGAAACUGGUAGCCCAGCAACUGCCAAAGAUAGUUCUAAAGUUGAAGAGCCCCAUAUGGAUCAACCUGACAAAAUGGCAGAAGCACCAGCCUCAGAGGCAGUUACAUCACCCAAAGAUGCUCACAUUUCGAUUGUGGAAGACUAUGUUCCGGAGAAAGGUUUAGGAGAAGAGAAAGGGGCAAUAAAGCAAGAGAGUGUGCAAAUAAAAGAGACUCCCACCUUCAGGGAACAGGAAUCUAUGCUUACUGAAAAGGAACCUCACCUAAAGCUUGAAGAACAAACAACCAUUUCUGACGAAGAAGCUGUGUCAAAAGAGAGUGAAGCCCCAAAAUUGACAGAUGAAGAAACAGGUGUAAUUCAGCCCUCCACAGAGCACGCUUACUCCAAAGAAGAACCGAAAGGCCAGGAGCUUCCCACAGAUAUAUUAAAACAGGACUCAUUCCCUGUAAGUUUGGAGCAAGCAGUUACCGAUUCAGCCGUGACCUCUAAGACACCAGAAAAAGUCAUGACUGAACCAGCUGCACUAAGUGAAAAGAGUGCCAUCCAGGAGCUUUUUGAAGAAAAAGUUGCUGACAAAGAUAAUGUUGAAGGAGUUGGAGCUGUAACAUCAGCUGAGCUUGACAUGCCAUUUUAUGAAGAUAAGUCAGGAAUGUCCAAGUACUUUGAAACAUCUGCCUUGAAAGAAGAAGUGACAAAAAGUAUCCAGCCAGGCAGUGAUUACUAUGAACUGAGUGACACAAGAGAAGGUGCCCAAGAGUCUUUUGAUACCAUAUCUUCCAUGUAUAAAAACGGCGACAAGGCACUUACGGCAGAGAAAGACUCCCAGCCCAGUGCUGUAGCACAAGAAGGAGGCUACAGCACUCUUGCACAGAGUUAUCCAUCUGACUUACCUGAAGAACCCAUUUCUCCUCAAGAAAGAAUGUUCACUAUUGAUCCAAAAGUGUAUGGGGAGAAAAGGGAUCUCCACAGUAAGAAUAAGGAUGAUUUGACACUGAGCAGGAGUUUAGGACUUGGUGGUAGGUCUGCAAUAGAGCAAAGAAGCAUGUCAAUCAAUUUGCCCAUGUCUUGCCUGGAUUCCAUAGCCCUUGGAUUUAACUUUGGUCGGGGGCAUGAUCUUUCUCCCCUUGCUUCUGAUAUUCUAACCAACACUAGUGGAAGUAUGGACGAAGGAGAUGAUUACCUUCCGGCCACGACACCUGCAGUGGACAAAGCCCCUUGCUUCCCAACAGAAAGCAAAGAAGAAAAAGAACAGAUAAAGGGGGAAAAAGCUACUGGAGAGGAAAACACCCAAGUCGAGCCAUCGUGUGAGUCACCUUUCCUAGCCAAAGAUUAUUACAAAAAUGGUACUGUCAUGGCACCUGACCUGCCUGAGAUGCUAGACCUGGCAGGCACAAGGUCAAGAUUAGCUUCCAUGAGUGCAGAUGCUGAGGUUGCCAGGAGAAAAUCAGUCCCAUCAGAGACUGUGGUGGAGGAGAGUAGUACUGGCUUCCCCCCUGUCACUGAUGAAAACCACGUCAUUGUUAAAACUGACAGUCAGCUCGAAGACCUGGGCUACUGUGUGUUCAAUAAAUACACAGUCCCACUCCCAUCACCUGUUCAAGACAGUGAGAAUUUAUCUGGGGAGAGUGGUUCCUUUUAUGAAGGCACUGAUGAUAAAGCACGAAGAGAUUUGGUCACGGAUCUUUCAUUGAUUGAAGUCAAACUGGCAGCUGCUGGAAGAGUCAAAGAUGAACUCAGUGCUGAGAAAGAAGCAUCCCCGCCUAUCUCUGGUGACAAAUCAGGACUGAGUAGGGAGUUUGAUCAGGAGAAGAAAGCAAAUGAUAAGCUGGAUACUUUACUAGAAAAAAGUGAAGAACAUGCCGAUUCAAAAGAACAUGCCAAGGAAACAGAAGAGGCUGGUGAUAAAGUUGAAACUUUUGGAUUAGGAGUAACCCAUGAGCAAGCUUCAGCCAAAGAACUGACAGUCUCAAAAGAUGCAUCACCUCUCAUGGCUGAGAAAGCAGAGAAAGGUCUUAGUUCCGUGCCAGAGGUAGCUGAAGUAGAACCAUCCCAAAAAGCUGAACCAGAGCUGGAUUUUGCUGCAAAGAAAGCUGACCAGGGUCAGUUAGAUGUUAAAAUCAGUGACUUUGGACAGAUGGCCUCAGGGCUACACAUAGAUGCUGGAAAGGCAGCAGAGCUUAAACUCAAGGCUACCCAGGACCUCGCCCCCUCAUCCACAGCACCUGAGGAGGCAGAUGCGUUUAUGGGUGUUGAGUCUGGCCACGUGAAAGAAGGCACAAAAGUUAGUGAGACAGAAGUCAAGGAGAAGGUGGCCAAGCCUGACCUGGUGCACCAGGAGGCUGUAGACAAAGAGGAGUCCUAUGAGUCCAGCGGUGAGCAUGAAAGCCUCACCAUGGAGUCCUUGAAAGCUGAUGAGGGCAAGAAGGAAAUUUCCCCAGAAUCUUCUCUAAUUCAAGACGAGAUUGCCAUCAAAUUGUCUGUGGAAAUACCCUGUGCACCUGCUGUUUCAGAGGCUGAUUUAGCCGCAGAUGAGAGAGCUGACGUCCAGAUGGAACUUAUUCAGCUGCCAAAAGAAGAAAACAAGGAGACCCCAGAUAUAUCUAUCACGCCCUCUGAUGUUACAGAACCAUUGCCUGAAGCCACUGGAGCUGAACCAGCAGAGGCUGAGAAUGAGGAAGAAGAGAUAGAAGCCCGGGGAGAUUAUGAUAAACUCCUCUUCCGCUCAGACACCCUUCAGAUUACUGACCUGGGUGUCCCAGGUGUCAGGGAGGAAUUUGUGGAGACCUGCCCUGGUGAACACAAGGGAGUGAUUGAGUCCGUUGUAACCAUCGAGGAUGAUUUCAUCACUGUCGUGCAAACCACAACUGAUGAAGGGGAGUCGGGUUCCCACAGUGUGCGUUUUGCAGCCUUAGAGCAGCCUGAGGUAGAAAGGAGACCAUCCCCCCGUGCUGAGGAAGAGCUUGAAGUAGAAGAGGCAGCUGAAGCCCAGGCUGAACCCAAGGAUGGCUCCCCAGAAGCUCCGGCUUCCCCUGAGAGAGAAGAGGUUGGACUCUCAGAAUAUAAGACAGAAACCUAUGACGAUUACAAAGACGAGACCACCAUUGAUGACUCCAUCAUGGACGCUGACAGCCUCUGGGUGGACACUCAAGAUGAUGAUAGAAGCAUCAUGACAGAACAGUUAGAAACUAUUCCUAAAGAGGAGAAAGCUGAAAAGGAAGCUCGGAGACCAUCUCUUGAGAAACAUAGAAAAGAAAAGCCUUUUAAAACCGGGAGAGGCAGAAUUUCCACUCCUGAAAGAAAAAUAGCUAAAAAGGAACCUAGCACAGUCUCCAGAGAUGAAGUGAGAAGGAAAAAAGCAGUUUAUAAGAAGGCUGAACUUGCUAAAAAAACAGAAGUUCAGGCCCACUCUCCCUCCAGGAAAUUCAUUUUAAAACCUGCUAUCAAAUAUACUAGACCAACUCAUCUCUCCUGUGUUAAGCGGAAAACGACAGCAGCAGGUGCUGAAUCAGCUCAGGCUCCCAGUGUAUUUAAACAGGCAAAGGACAAAGUGUCUAAUUCUACCUUGUCAAAGAUUCCUGCCUUACAGGGUAGCACAAAGUCCCCACGAUGCAGCUCAGCCUGCCCUAGUACGACUAAAAGGGCUACAUUUUCUGACAGUUUAUUCAUACAGCCCACCUCAGCGGGCUCCACAGACCGUUUACCAUACUCAGAAUCAGGGAACAAGGAUGGAGUAACCAAGAGCCCAGAAAAGCGCUCUUCUCUGCCGAGACCGUCCUCCAUUCUCCCUCCUCGCCGAGGCGUAUCAGGAGACAGAGAUGAGAACUCCUUCUCUCUCAACAGUUCUAUCUCCUCUUCUGCACGGCGGACCACUAGGUCAGAGCCAAUUCGCAGAGCAGGAAAAAGUGGCACUUCAACACCCACUACCCCCGGAUCAACCGCCAUCACUCCUGGUACCCCACCAAGCUAUUCUUCACGCACACCAGGCACUCCUGGAACCCCUAGCUACCCCAGGACCCCUCACACACCAGGAACCCCCAAGUCUGCCAUCUUGGUGCCCAGUGAGAAGAAAGUUGCCAUUAUACGUACGCCUCCAAAAUCUCCUGCUACUCCCAAGCAACUUCGGCUUAUCAACCAACCACUGCCAGACCUGAAGAAUGUCAAAUCCAAAAUUGGAUCGACAGAGAACAUCAAAUACCAGCCUAAAGGGGGGCAGGUUAGGAUUUUAAACCAGAAGAUUGAUUUUAGCAAGGUUCAGUCCAGAUGUGGUUCCAGGGAUAACAUCAAACAUUCUGCUGGGGGCGGAAAUGUACAGAUUGUCACCAAGAAGAUAGACCUAAGCCACGUGACAUCCAAAUGCGGCUCUCUGAAAAACAUCCGCCACAGGCCAGGUGGUGGGCGUGUGAAAAUUGAGAGUGUGAAACUGGAUUUCAAAGAAAAGGCCCAAGCUAAAGUUGGUUCACUUGACAAUGCUCACCACGUACCUGGAGGUGGUAAUGUCAAGAUUGACAGCCAAAAGUUGAACUUCAGAGAGCAUGCUAAGGCCCGUGUGGACCACGGGGCUGAGAUCAUUACGCAGUCCCCAGGCAGAUCCAGCGUGGCAUCCCCCCGACGACUCAGCAACGUCUCCUCUUCUGGAAGCAUCAACCUGCUCGAAUCCCCCCAGCUUGCCACCCUGGCCGAGGAUGUCACUGCCGCACUCGCUAAGCAGGGCUUGUGAAUAUUUCUUGUUUAGCAUUGAAGUAAUACUAUUUAGGCAUGAGCUCUUGGCAGGAGUGGGCUCUGAGCAGGUGUUAUAUUCAUUCUUUACAAACCAUAAAAUAAAUAAUCUCAUUCCCAAA